AUGAAGGUCAAGGGCGCAAGCGUAAAAGGAAGCAGUUCUUUCGUGAUAGUGGACCAUUUUCUAGAAGCCAUCGAUGCAAAGGUUACUUCUAUUCACACCACCCGUUCUCCGUUUGGGACUAACAGGCUCACAGCAUCGUUAGCUUCUGGGACACUACCUCCCAGCCCGUCUACACAAUCUGAAAAUGUGCUUUGGAGAGCAAAGCAAUUCUUUGCGGAACGUCUUGGAGAUCGCCAAGCAAGGUUGGACUAUCUAUUCCGAGCAGUUCAAGGGCUGGUUGAGGCACCAGAGUUAGCCCCAGACUUUACGAAGAACAUGUGGAAAUCACGAUCUGCGAUCUUCAACAAACCAAGUAUGCCUAACACCAAAGCUCGACUUCGAAGUUUAUAUAAUGGCCAUCGCACUAUCAAGAGAGCAAGGGAACAAUACCUAUAUGCAGCUCGCUUUUGCUAUAUCUACCUAGAACACGAUUUGGACGAGCUUUCUAAAUCUCGUGACCUUAUUCUUUCUCAAGGACGUGGCAGAAUCACUGCAGCCUUUGAACUGCAAGCAGAGAUAAUCUCGACGACAGUUGAUAUUGUGAAAGCAGAAAGAAAAGCAGGCCGUGGCUAUCUACAAAUUCUGAUGGAGGGCGGUCCCGGGUUUAUACUCCGCCUUGGUUCUAACGUGUCUACAAUUUGGGAACGAAAAUUAAGCACUGCAGAUAUUCGGCUUAUCAUUGAAUUCCUAAUUGCAGAAGCCCCAGUUUUAUACAAAGACAUCAUGUCAUACAAUGAAAUAGCCACUCGAGCGCUCGUUGACGGCUUCAUUGCCUAUGGUUGGUCGGCUGAAGAGAUUUUAGCGUCCGAAACCUCUUUAUUCAAGAGAUUGAGGGAAUUUGCUAACCUCGAGGAAAUUUUACAAUCUGCGGAACGAUACGGAACAUGUCAAAGCUCGGUAAAUACUCUUUUGGAGAUGAAUACGCCAGAUGUUAUGCAAAACCAAGAAUUUUGCAGCCUGGAUGAAGACAUGUUGAGUACUCCACAUUCCAGCCUAUCCCUUGUAACUAUAGAAUCUGUUUUCGGGUUGUCAAUGUGUACCGAUGAGGAACUUGAAGUCAUGAAUAGCCUAAGUCAAACAAGAGAUGAAGAGUUAGACUUACUUCUGUCCCAGGAGAUGGAGUACUCUACUGAUGUAUGCUGGACUAUUGGGGAUGAAAAUUCAAGUAAUUUAUGUAAAUAG